UGAAAUAAUUAAACAAUUGUUUAAUGUUAACAAUUUAAUACUAAAUGAAUGGUCGACUAUCAUUAUCAUUAUUAUCUAAUUUUAAAAAUAAUUUCUUUUCAAAAAUGAGUUAUUACGCUGUUGCUAAAGGUCGCAAUGUUGGAAUUUAUAAAACUUGGGAUGAAUGUAAAGCCCAAGUUGAUAAAUAUCCUGGUGCAACAUUUAAAAAAUUUGGCUCACAAUCUGGUGCUGCUGAUUUUAUAAGUGAAAAAAAUAGCUCAUCAACAUCAACAUCUGGUUCAUACAAUAAUUAUACAAAUAAUAUAAAACAAUCAAGUUCAACAUCAGGCUCAUCAUAUAAAAAAUAUUCACCAUCAUCAAGUAACAAAAAUAAUACUUAUAAUUAUCAUGGAAGUUCAUCUGGUUCAUCAGAUUCAUCUGGCAAAUGGGGUUCUUUAUAUUCAUCAACAAAAACAUCAUCAUCAUUAAAACGACCAUAUUCAUCAAUAUCAAAAUCAUCAAGUAAUGAAUACAGUACAUCAGCUAAAAAAUCACCAUUACGUACAAAAUAUAUUGAUAAUAAUAUUGAUGAAAAAUUUAAAUAUGAUUCUAAUGGUCGUGUUGAUAUAUAUACUGAUGGUGCAUGUUCUGGUAAUGGUUAUAAAAAUGCUAAAGCUGGUUAUGGUGUUUAUUUUGGUGAUAAUCAUUUUGCAAAUAUAUCAAAACCAGUUAAAGGACGUGCUACAAAUAAUAAUGCUGAAAUACAAGCUGUUACUGAAGCUGUUAAAAUUGCUAAAAAUCAUGGUUUAAAAAAAAUACGUAUUAAUACUGAUUCAGAAUUUUUAAUUAAUUGUUCAACAAAAUGGAUGGCUGGAUGGAAAAGAAAAGGAUGGAAAACAUCAUCUGGACAUGCUGUUAUUAAUCGUGAAGAACUUGAAGAAAUGGAUAAAGCAUUACAAACAAUGGAUGUUGAAUUUAAUCAUGUUAGAGGACAUGCUGGUAUACAUGGAAAUGAAAUGGCUGAUUCACUUGCAAGACUUGGUGCUGAAGAAUACAAAAAGUAAAGCUUGUUUUUGUUCUUUUUUCAAUUUAAUUUUAUUGUUUUUAACGUGAUGAGACACUUGGUUUCAUUGCUUGAUCAUGAGUUCGUAAUGAUAAUGGACUUAUACUCCUUAGAAGUCGAUAAAUU